UUGGUCGCGCAGGCGCAGGGAAGGAUCCGUUUUGGCGGGCGGUUGGCGUUGCGCAGAAGGCGGCGGCGGCGGUGGCUUGUGGUCCGGCCGCACCACAGAGGAACAGGCGAGGCGUUAGCGUGAGUGAUCGGUCUCGACCCCCGGUUCUGUGGAGCUUUGCAGCGGAAGAGUUUGACUGGCGAGUGUAUAGGCCAAUUGGGGCUGUCCUUAGCUGCCGACUCAUCGGUCCUUGGGCCAUCGGUAUGUGGGAGGCGGGCUUUCUCCUCCUGAGCAGCAUCUCACUGAGCCAAUGAGCACGAAGCGCGCGGAACCCGGUGGCCUUAGUCCUUCAGGUGGAACAGCGUGAGACAUGGGAAAGAAAACCAAGCGGACAGCUGACAGUUCUUCUUCAGAGGAUGAGGAGGAGUAUGUUGUGGAGAAGGUGCUAGACAGACGCGUGGUUAAGGGGCAAGUGGAAUAUCUGCUGAAGUGGAAAGGCUUUUCCGAGGAGCACAAUACUUGGGAACCUGAGAAAAAUUUGGAUUGCCCUGAGCUAAUUUCUGAGUUCAUGAAAAAGUAUAAGAAGAUGAAGGAGGGUGAAAAUAACAAACCGAGGGAGAAGUCAGAAAGUAACAAGAGGAAAUCCAAUUUCUCCAACAGUGCUGAUGAUAUCAAAUCCAAAAAAAAGAGAGAGCAGAGCAAUGAUAUCGCUCGGGGCUUUGAGAGAGGAUUGGAACCAGAAAAGAUCAUUGGGGCGACAGAUUCCUGUGGCGAUUUAAUGUUCCUAAUGAAAUGGAAAGACACAGAUGAAGCAGACCUGGUUCUUGCAAAAGAAGCUAAUGUUAAAUGUCCACAAAUUGUGAUAGCAUUUUAUGAAGAGAGACUGACGUGGCAUGCAUAUCCUGAGGAUGCGGAAAACAAAGAGAAAGAAACAGCAAAGAGCUAAAGGAGGGGGUGGUCUCUGUCAUUUCUCUUUGUACAUAAUACAUUCACCUUCCUGCCUCCUCUCCCUUCUACCCACCCCCUUCUAUCCUAAACACAUCCAUAAAAAAUGUGCUUAUCACUGUGCUCCACAGGAGAAAUGUUGGUAUUGGUUCUCUUGUAACAUAACUGAUGGUCUGAUUCAUGAUAAGUGUCUCUCUGUGAAGACCAGGCAUUUACAUACUGUGUGUAAUUCCCACAGUUUUUUCCUUUGCCCUGCUCUCUUCCUUCUGCUCCCCUGUGACCUCAAGAUGAGUUUUAACUUUUUAAUCACUUUAGAGUUUUGAUCUUCAGGGUUGGUUGCUUUUUAGAUGGGGGAUUUUGUUACAUUGAUGAAGAAUUUUGGUUUCUUGCUUUGGCUCUUAGAACACGUUGAUGACCAGCUAGCCUUUGUUUUGAGAUGUUGGGAUGGAAAUGAUGUUGCCCAUCUUUUGAAAAAGCCAAUAGCAACUGCCUACCUGUUGGGGCUUCCCCCAACCUCAUUCAGCUCUACCCAGGAGAAUACAGGGUUUCUGGUGUGGUCUUCUGGGCCACCCUCUGUUGUUCAUCCUCACCCAUCCUCCAGAAUAGCUCCAUCCUUUGGAGGACUUGAAAUUUUACAUUCAGAUUUGUCAAGGCACUCCUUUUAGCCCCAGGACUCUUGGCCUUGUUUCUUAGCUGUCCCUGAUUCUGCUUCUGCAAGUUGGUGUAGUCUGUCAUAAAAUGACAAAAUUAUUAACUGUGGAGAUUUUUAGCUAUUAGUACAUGAGGAUGGUGGGGUAGGAUACAGUUGUCUUUAUUAUCACAUGUGGUACAUAUGUAUUAUUUCCUUUCACCCCUCCCAUUUGGGCUAUGUAUUUAUGUAGGUGUGAGUGACUGCCUGGUGCUUGCUUGUGCCAAGGUGCUAGGCACCCUCCAACCCUGCCAACUUUUGUGGCCUCCCAAAGCAUUCCUGUUACCAAAGAGGCUUCAAACCUGACCCUCACUUCUCAGUGGACCCACGUUUCUCCUCCAUGCCAUUAUUUUCAGUGGGGAAUUCUUGGAGGGGAGCCAUUGGCCACCAUAUCAAUUUUAAAUAUUCAUAGUGUCUAUAAUCAUAAGUUUCCUGCUUUGUUGACUCUUGGAUUUGCCACCAAGAGUCCCCAAAGUAUUAGUGCUCUUACUUUUUUUCCACCUUUAAACUCGUAGUGGUAUCUUAUUUUUUCAGUGCAUUUCUAUGGAAAUUAUCACCUUGGAGAGUGACAGGCCCCGGCAUUAAUUAGCAUGUUGACACAACCUCUCCCUUCUUGGCAAGAUAGUUCUCUUUUGGCUUCUUCCUGCUCUGCCCUUAUAUGUAGAGAUUAUUUUUCUGAUUAUCUCCUUCUGCCUUUGUUCCCCAAGAAAUGCCCUACUUCUCUUUACCCUUUUUUUCCUCAUAAUUGAAGGGGGCUAGAGAAUCAAGACUAAAAGUAAUAAGGAAAUAGCAGGGUUUUGAGCAUCCUUGUCCCAGCCCAAAGCUGAGGAAAUAUGAACAAAUGCUUGAAAUAGCCUUAACUCUAGAGUUCACCAGCCAUUGAGGUGGUUUUUUGGGUUGCUUUUGAUUUUUAAAACAUACAGCUGUCUGGCCAGGAGUGUUCAGUCAUUUCUAGAUUAUUCAGAGUAAUGAGAAUGGAGAGAUUGCUCCAGUCUACAGACGCGCUGAAUGAUAUGCAAAUCAUACACCCAUUCAUAGCAUUUGUUACCAUUGCUUCCCUGCUCAGCUGCUGAUUGAAUUCUGUGUGCUCGUAUAAAUUACGUCAAAAAUUAUACUGCACAGUUGAGAAGACAGCUGUUGCUGCGUGACAUGACAGGCCAGAACAAUGAAGCUUUUGGCUUCAGCCAUCCAAGAAAAUCUUUCUGAAUAGUAAUGUGAUUGGGUGAGAACUCAGCCUAUACCUCAAGUGGGUAGGAGUUUUAUCUCCAUCUUCCUUAACUCUCUGAAGGAAUUAAAGGCCUAGAUCGAGUGCUGGAUAAUUGACAGUUGUUAGGACUUAAUCUGAUGGGCAUCUGAAAGAAAGAAAGGAUGGUUAGGAAAGAGAUGUUUCAUUUAUAAGUAACUAAGGAUAUCAAUUGGGGUGUACUAGGAUAGGGCAGAAGUAGGCCAGAGCCCCCGAGGAGGUGAUCUGGGCCUCUCAAGUUUGUAGGUGGAAAAAAUGACAAAUUAUCCAUGUAGCCAGGAGCAAUGGGCAUGUAAACAAACUAUAGUGACCGUAUUUUUAGAGCCCAAAUCUAGCUUGUGGAUAAAGCACAUCAGAACUAUUUGGUCCUGAGAGUAAUCCUAAGAAACCUGGGACACAUGGUUGCUGAUGUUAGAGGUAAUGUUAAAGACAUUCGUCAAGAAUCUGGUUUCUUUUGGAGUUCCCUUGUGGCAUGGUGGGUUAAGGAUCUCAUGUUGUCACUCCUGUGGUUUGUUGGUUCGCUGCUGUGGUGUGGGUUCAAUCCCUGGCCUGGGAACUUCCACAUGCUGCUCAGUGACUUCUAUAGGAAUGGAGGGAGCCAGUGACCAGUACUGACCUUAGCCUUUAGCAGAAAGGGAACGAGAUGCCUGCCGGUGCCCCCGACAUUUGUUAGUGCUAGGCAGCUGUCCAGGCCCUUGGAGAAUUGCAGCCUCAAACAGAAACCUGUUUUCAUGGGGCUUUCUCCUCUCAGAAGGGUUAACCCUGGGCUAAGCACUCCUAAACAUCUAGGUGUUGGGUGCUCAAAAUAUAUUUUUCCUAUGUUAGGUCCUCUUUCAAAACAUCUCUUUAAGCUGAAUUUCUGGUAAUCAGCAUUCAAGGGUUUCGCUUUCCACAGAAUAUAGCAGAACUUUGACCAGCAGAGUGUACCAAGGUCAGUGCAGCUGCUUUUCUGAGCCCUGGGCUGGGCAGAGGCCCUCCCAUUAAGAUCAGCUGUUAGAGAAGGUCAGCCCUGAUGGACGCACCCAUUUUUAACCUGGAGAGACUCGGAUCAUCUUUCCUCCAGCAGUCGGGCUGUUAGUCUGCUUGGGAGAGCGUGGACCUGUGGUGUUCCUUGACUCUCAAAAGUCUGGAUGAUCCUUGGCUAUCCCCCAGUCAUAUGUCUGUAUUCCUUUUUGUCGGUGGUGAAAAGUUGGUCCUGUUCCUGUAGCUUGGGCAGUUUUGAUUAUUCCUAAUUCUUCAUUCCUGUGCUAUUGCCUACCUGCAGUCCGCUUUCCUUAUCUUCAGGCCAUAUCCUAGGGCCUUGGGGAAGGGGCUUGUGAUUUUCAUCUUGUGAUUUUGUUGGUUCUGUGUUUAGCCCAGCUCACCUGAGGUACAGUGAGGGGUCAGAGGGAUCUGUGUUUGGGCUAGGGAGUGAUUGUCUUUGUCCUUAGAGUUCUAAUUCAAGGGCCUAAAAUAAGUUUGCACUGAUAUGAGAAUUGCACAAAGGGUUAUGUCACUAGAUUUGAAAUGUGGAAAUGGUUUCUCACAAAUUAGGUCAAAGGAAAAGCUUGUUUUUCACCCUUGACUCCAUCCUUUUGGCUUUGGUUUGAAGAUUGGUGUUGAGAUCUGUACUUUUGUAAUCAGACCACCAAGCAAGCUUUACUUAUGUCUGGGCAGAGAGGGAAAGUGUCAGGUUUCAUUUUGGUUUUACCACUAAUAAAAAAGUUAGUAUUCUCAAAAAUAGAGAUAUUACCAGCUUUGUACCCAAGAGCCUAUGCUUGGAAUUGGGCGCCCCCUACCCCUACCCCCCACAGCACACAGUUAAUCUUGGUGGAUUUGUAUUGAGGCAUCCACAUUUCAGCCACUUAGUGGGUCAACACUGAUUUCAUUCAACAAGCAUUUUAUGGUGCUGGGGAUACAAAGUUCAAGAAGAUACAGUCUCUGACCUCAAAAGAUUUUCAUACUGGUAUGGGAUGAACUGACGGUUAAUAGUUUAGUGUAAUAAAUGCUAUAAAUGGGUACACAUUUCAGAUUUAGGGCAGAGACAACUGGUUGGUAUAGGUUGUGGCCCUAGAAUAAGGGGGGUGACAAAUUGGUUCAUGUGUAGGUAGAAAAGACCUGUGACCUUGGAUGAACUGAGCUAACUGGCCAUAGAGAGACCACAGCAAAGGCUUGCUUUAUUCCAGAAAAUAAAGGUAACCGAGGGUAGUCAGGAAUACUGUCUGAGAGAGAAAACAACAGGUGAGUGAGUGGGGGUUGAGAACCCUUGGUUUUGGUCCCCAUUGUAGGCUCUUUGCCCAAGUGUUUAAUGUUUUAGUUAAUCCUUGCUUGUGGAAAGUAUUAACUAUGUUGCAGAUCCAGUUAUGUAUUGUUACCUUAUUGUAUGAGUUGUUCAUACCUUUUUCAGUUUCUCAUCCCUUUUGAAGGAAUUAACAUGAAGCAGGCUUGAAGCCUAAAACAGGGACAUAUUCCAAUGACAAAAAGAUUUGCUAAAAAAAAAAAGCAUCUUAGGGCACAUCUGGUAACACCUGGGCAUCUAUUCUGGGCAGUAUAGUUUUACUUAACCACUGCAGGAUGGUGAUUUCUAAGCAGAGACUUGCAUCAAUUAUGUGAAAACCUCUCCCAAAAAUACUUAUGCCCUGGAGUUUUGGAUUUAAUCAAUCUAGGGAGGUCCAGGGUGAGGCCUAGCCCUGUUAGGAAGAGUCUGAGCUUAAGAAAUGUCUUAGUUCUGACCAUGCGACCAUGGGAAAAAUGAUACUUUUCUCUGCCUGGGUAAUUGAGAAGUGGGUAAUUGAAAGUUGACUAGAUUUGGAAGCCAGAAUUCCCAAGAAUUAGAAUAACUGUUUUAGAAAAUUAAAGAGUGAUGGUUCUUUGGAUAGCUCCAUAAAAAUUUCUAGUUUCUUUUUGCCUGUGCUGAAUUUCUUGAAUUUUAAACUACCUCAUCUUGUCUUUUUGGAGUUACUUCAACUUGUUGCCACUUAAACAUCAUGCUUGACUGUGGUGGUGGUUUUCCAAGAUGGACUAUUUCCUGUUUGCUGAGAGCCUGUUUUCUUGCCUUUUAUCCUGAUCCUCAUUUCACCUAACAUCAAUUCAUAUAGCUCCUCUGUCAGAGAAAUAUUUUAAGAUAGUUUAGCAUCUUGGCUUAUGGGAAGAAAGUGAUCCUCCAAUGCUAUUUGUCUCUGAGGUCAGUGAGAGAAGGAGUUAAAACAAGAUGCUGGGGGAGGGGGGAGAACCUGCGCUGGAGGCAGCCAACAAGGGAAGAGCCAUUAAUUAAGACAAUUUCAAAGUCAACUGAUUGUGAUCAUUAAUGUCACAAUAGAUCAAAACCUAAUUAUCACAGCCUAGGUAAGAGCCAUCAGUAUUAAUCAGAAAAUCUAAUAGGAAACUAUUAUCAAGAAAUUAGGCCAAAUUGAAUGCAAUGAACUUUUUAUCUUCUCUCUCCUCUCUUUUUUUUUCUUUCUCUCUCUCUCUUUUUUUUUUAAUUUGGCAAUGCCCCCAGCAUUGGCAGAUGUGACCCUCACAAUUGACCCAGGCCCCAGUAGCCAGUUGGUCAUGCUUUUUGAAAAAGUCCAGCAGACUGAACCUGAACUGUCUCUGCUGCGUUAAUCAUUCUUGAACUUCCUCAUCACCUGGACUUGUCCAGUGUGAUCUGCAAUCAAGGGAAAAGGUUUCAGUGAAAAAAUAUAAUUUAGGCCUUGGGGUGGUUGGCCCUUCCUGGAACUGGAGUGUCCCUGGUGAACAUUAUACUGUGUGUAUUGAUGAAUCCUUUGAGCUUCUCAUCAUGUACAUAGGGUCCUGUUGCUCUGGCUACUGCAAGUGGGUACAGAGUGCCUGGAGAUUCUUCAAGAAGACCUGAGAAGAUAGAAUUUCAUCAUGUCACAGCACUUUUAAGUCUCAAGUCAGUGUUUCGCAGUUUCCAGUAGCUUUAGGAUUUGAUUCUCAACCAGGGCUGGCUGUGGUUUAGUAUUUUCCCCCCUAGUUUUAGGAUAAGGGUCAUAGUGAUUUCUAUCAGAAUCCAGUGUAAAUCCAGAGGGAGGGGGGAAGUGUUUUCCUUUUGUCUUUCUAAGGAGUCCUGCCUCUGGCAGGAGGUAGGAAUAUUACAAGAGUCUUCUGACUAGUUAUAGAGAGCACUUCAAACCCUCCCCCUAAAUGGAAAAGUAUCAUCAUUUAUAUCCUUAAUCUUGAGCUGUUUGUGAAGAUACUGCAACUCCUGAGGUUGAGCUGAGGCAGAAAGAUUGGAAAGUGUGGUGGGGAGAGGCAAGCAGCAGCAGGGGUGAAGGGGUGUUGGUGGUAUUAGGGUUCCUGAGCUCCUAGCUUAGCCUGUAGAGAAUGUUGCUGCUGCCACCGCUGUUGCUGGCCCUUCCCCACCAACCUUGCAGCUCAGAGCACUACCCAGACCACCACUGAGGAAAUGGUGCUUGGCUUUCUGCUUGAGCGUGUGGUCUUGCUUUAUUCUGAAUUUUAGCAAUUUGGGUUACUUAGUACAGAACUUUGAGAAAUUGAUGUGACUUAGUCCUUCGCCUCUUAGGAUGAAGCGAGCAUUUCUGUACAGAAGAAUUCAUGCCCUUAAUGUUUUGAAUGUAAUUUUGUUUUCAAAUCGUCCAUUAACACAUGACUUUCAGAAGCAGUUUGCUGCUUCUCCAAGGUUCAUUGCAUAUGCUAGAUAACUAAUAGGCCAUCAGUUAAUAUUUGUGGGUCGAUUGAGUUCAUCUAGUUUGUAGUGAGGUGUGCCUCCCGACUCCCUUUUGCUCCCAAGUGCAUGGGAGAAGUAAAAUGCUCUAGGGAGUGGAACAAGAAUUGAGUGGAUGCAGACUCUGUGCCAACCUCCUCAACUGAUUCAUAAUGGCUGACCUUGGGCAAGUCACUCCUUUCAAUGCCUCAGUUCCCCAUCUGUCAAAUGGGGGUAAUAAUACUGACUACCUCACAGGGGUGUUGUGAGGCAUUGUAAAUCAAAAUUGAUAGAAUACUUUAGGGUCCUCAAUGGAGGACGCCUUGAGCCGAAAUCCAGGCCUGCCAUAGGCUUUUGUCCUCACUGAGCUGUCCCAAGGUUGGAACUACUUAGUGACCUCGGCAAGUUCUCUGCCCCCCACCCCUCAUCAAAGCUGCUAGUUCAGAUGUUGACAGUGUUUUCAAGAAUGUUGGCGUCUUUUGAUAGUCCAGACUGACUUAGGAUGUUAUGGGGGAAGGCACUUAGUAUUUUCUAUGGCUUGCAUCCACAAAGAGAGGCUGUUUGAGACCCAAGAGCAUUGGAUUAGGGAAUCAGGGAUGCUCCUGCUUGUUUCUCUGCAGGUUGGGAACUAAGGUCCUGUACCCCAUGGACUUGGAACAGACUUGGGCCGUCUUGGGAGCAAAGUGCACACAGUGGGUUUGAUUUAUAACUUUGCUUUUUGCUCCCUGAACUGAUCUGAGGUCGGUUGGAUCACUUCACCCCUUCGUGGUAUCUGUACCCAAGCCUCCCUGCCCCCCAUGAGAACCAGCUGGUUCAAUAAGCAUAACCACUUUCUCCAUCCCCCACCAAACAAGAGCCACAUUAGAAAAAAAAUUUAUUGGAGAUAUACUUAACAUUCAGAAUUGGGCAUUGAUACUCCUGAAAACUUCAUCCAAUUCACUGUACUCAGCAUCUGUCAUCUCUUUCUCAGUGUCUACAGUUUGAACCUGACUUUGACCUUUUUUCCCCUCUGGUUUGGGAAAACUUUGGACACUUUCUAUUUGCCCAGGUGUGGGCUCAAGAGCCUUACUAUCCAUCUCAGUUUAGGGGCUCAGCCAGCUCCUCUUCCCAAUAGGGCUCUUUCCCUCUCCUUGACCCUAGAUGUGUAACCCCUGAAAAAGCACAAGGUCCCGGCCCCUUGCUGCGGUCCCAUUUCGGUUCUCGGUGUUUUGUGGACUCUGCUCCUCUGUUCACUGCAGUGGCGGCACCAGGCGGUUCUCUGGAGGAUGGAGAGAGCACAGUCUGACAUCCUGCCAAGCAGCCAGGAGUUGAUACGCCCAUGGCCCGCAGGCCUUCCCUCCCCUUCCCUCAGGAUGGGAUCGAAUAGACAUGAGAGGCUGGGUUUCAGCGCUCUGUACCAUCCUGAGUAGCAAACAAAUCACACUUUGUAGCCAGAUUUCUGAAUGGAAAAGUGGAAAAUUGAAUUCUCUAUGGACCUUUUUGGUUUGUGGGGGAGUUUUGGUUGUGUUUCCUGGUUUUAUUUCAGCCAAACAUGUCUGCUUUUGAUUUUUUUUUUUUUUUUAGGAUAAGUGAUAUAUAUAUAUGUUCGCCUUUUAAAUGUAAAUGUUUAAAAGUAGGCAAUUUAUGUGUUUCCACAACUGACAUCUGAUGCAGACCUCAUUCUCUCCCCCUCUUCCACCCUCCUCUUUUCCCUCUUUUCAUACUCUUGUAUUGGUUCUAAUAAAUGGUUGCUUUUCAAAUACGGA